AUGAGUGCAGAUCCAGCUCUGCCAUGCCCGCCUGGCCCUGAAGCAACCAGUUCUAGGGACUCUUUUCCAAUGCCUGAGAUUUAUGGGCCUGAAGAAAAUUAUGCGUCCCUGCAAAUGUCAUCGGCUGAGACACCCCACGUGGAGACUGUCUCUCCUCUUCCUUCCUCCAUGGAUCUGCUUGUUCAGGACAGCCCCGACUCCUCCACCAGUACCAGAGUAAAACUACCACCCACUUCUGGAGAGGAGAGAACAGUGAGGAAGGAAGAUAUGGCUCAGGGCAAGAAACAGAAGAUCAGGACCGUGUUCUCUCAGACCCAACUCUAUGUCCUCAAUGAUCAAUUUCAGAGACAGAAAUACCUCAGUCUCCAGCAGAUGCAAGAACUUUCCAACAUUCUGAGCCUUCGCUAUAAGCAGGUAAAGACCUGGUUCCAGAACCAGAGAAUGAAAUGUAACAGGUGGCAGAAAAACCAUUGGCCAAAGGAGAGCAAGAGUGUGACUCAGAACAGCACAGCAACCGCAGAAUACCCAGGCUUCUAUUCCUACCACUAGGGAUACCUGAGGAACACUUCCGGAAACCUUCCAAUAUGGAGCAACCAGACCUGGAAUAACCCAAAUUGGAGUAGCCAGACCUGGAACAGCCAGUCUUGGAGCAACCAUUCCUGGACCAGUCAGACCUGGUGCCCCCAAGCCUGGAACAAUCAGCCGCAGAACUGUGGAGAAGAAUCCCUACAGCCCCAGAUCCAGUUCCAGCAAAAUUCCAUCAGCGAUUUGGAGUCCAUCUUAGAAACUUCUGGGGAAAGCCAUAGUGUAAUACAACAAUCUGCUAAGUAUUUUAGUACCCAGCAAAUAAUGGAUUUGUUCCCAAAUUACUCUGUGAACAUACAGCCUGAAGAUGUGUGACGAUGAGUAUGUUAUUCGAUCUCAAUUUGGGCAGUGGCUGUAUUACUUCCCCUAGGCUUUGUCUUUUAGGGUCCUAUAUAUCUCUGCCUUGAUAUUUUUGUUUCCCAUUAUUCUUAUUGUGUCCAUUGAGGGGGUACGAUUAGAGUCAAAGAGGUUUCAGUAGCAUUGGCUACUAUGGGCAACAUGAUAAAAGGUGUUUCUGGCUAUAGAUAACCAGAUACCAUCCUAAUGU